UGGUGGCAGCACCAGGGCCGCCCGCCCGCCGCCCGCCUCUGUCUGUCUUACCGAGCUCGGUGCCGCCGCCAGCUUGUCCUUCCCGCUGGUUUUUUGUUAUUUUUUUUUGUUUGUUUGUUUUCUGUUUUGUUUUGGUUUGGUUUUUUUUUGAACUCGCACAUCGCCGGCACGUUGGCGGGAGUCUCCGGGGGAGGUGCUCCGUCUCCAUACUCGCUCUUCGCUGCACCGAGAACAUUUGGGUUGCCCUAGUAAUAAUAAAUCUAGAAGGCUCCGCGUUUUGCGUCGGUGAGAUGCCAGAAAACUCGGAAUCGUAAUUAACCGCAAAUCUCUUCAUCCCACGACUGAACACCAGCGGCUGGAAAGUCCUGCCGCCGCUGCCACCCUCAGCUGAGGUGCGAUGCCGAUGCCUAACCGGAGGAGACCUGGGCCACCCGAAUAUCUUAGCAGGUACGCACAGGCACUGUAACACCCAGCGAAGAGCGAGCAGUGGGGAAGGGACCUCGGGUAGUAUCUGCAACAGCCACCAAGCGGCAGCAGAUCUUCAAAGGUUGGCGGGGUGGUUGACACGAAACCAACCCGAAACUUUCUGGAGCAGCGUGCAGCAAGUGACCCCUGUAGGCGCCAGCCCAAAGCUGGGGAGCUGUGCUGGUGAAAAGGUUAAGUCAUGUUUUCUGACAUUUGAACAGCAAACAGCAUCAUGGCUCCGUGAAUUGCAAAACCACAGGAAGUGUGGCAGCCCUCCCUACCUCCAGCUUUCCUUCCUUACUGUGACAUCCUUCUCAGGACCCUUGGUUUCAUCCCUGCUGGCUGUGCAGUGGCCAGCCUCGGCAUCAGCAGAGGAAGCAGGUUGCGGAUCAGGGAGAGCCAUGGCCGUGAGCUUGUAUGUCUUUCACCUCUUCUAUAAGUUCAAAGUGUUGGUGCUUGUCACUCUCAGUUUGAUGGUGCUGUGGGCCACAUUCAGUUACUUUGUGGACUCCAGACAGGAAAUUUCUAAAGCUAAGAGCAUGGUAGAGCAUUUCAGAAAGGUAACUAGCGUGGAAGAUGGUCAAAAGGAAGAGAAGAUGGAAUCAAUUGCAAAUGUUCCCACAGUGAAGUCGUUUCAGGAUCACUGCCCAGCUCUGUCUCCAUACCUGCGAGGUGCCAGCAAACUCACCUUCAAAGCAUCUCUCACGCUAGACGAGGUGCAAAAGGAGAACCCUCAGGUAGCCAAAGGGCGGUAUCACCCUACGGAGUGCUCAGCGCUGCAGCACGUGGCCAUCCUCAUCCCACAUCGCAAUCGAGAGAAGCAUCUGCUGUACCUCCUGGAGCACCUCCACCCCUUCCUACAAAGGCAGCAGCUAGACUACGGCAUCUACGUUAUUCACCAGGCUGGCAACACCAAAUUUAAUCGAGCUAAACUGCUGAAUGUAGGAUACCUAGAGGCCCUAAAAGAAGCAAACUGGGACUGUUUCAUUUUCCAUGAUGUGGAUCUGGUGCCAGAAAAUGACUUUAACAUUUACAUGUGUGACAGACAACCAAAGCACCUUGUAGUUGGCAGGAACAAUACUGGAUACAGGUUACGGUACAGGGGAUAUUUUGGAGGUGUAACUGCUUUAACAAGAGAUCAGUUUUCCAAGGUGAAUGGAUUCUCUAACAACUACUGGGGCUGGGGUGGAGAAGAUGACGACCUUCGAAUCAGGGUUGAGAUGCAGAAGAUGAAAGUGGUGAGGCCGUCGGCUGAUGUAGCCAGGUACACGAUGAUCUUCCACAAACGAGACCAUGGUAAUGAGGAGAAUGGAGAGAGGAUGAAGCUUCUACGUCAGGUAUCUAGAACAUGGAAAACAGACGGGCUGAACUCUUGCUCCUAUAAACUGCUCUCAGUGGAACACAACCCUUUGUAUGUCAACAUCACGGUAGAUUUCAGCAUGCAGCCCAAGAUCUCCUAAGGGUGAGCACCACACAGGUGAUAGGAAAUGGCAACAGAUCUUGUUUGUGGCUGCUGUUACAGCAGAUGGAUGACUCCUGGCGCUCUGCCUGAAAGGGUACUUCGGUAGCACAGAAGAAAGUUUUUCUUCACAGCAUCUAAAUGAUUGGUUGAGAACUUCCUUUUCUGAGGACUGGAGAGGUGGACUGACCUGAGAGGCAGGUCCUUGUGUUUUGUGCACUUUCCCCUGGGACACUUACAGAAGUGUCCUUGUUUGGGCUGGUCCGGUGGAAGGACUUGAACUUAUUUUCCUGAAAGAAAAUUCGUUCUUUCAACUAUUCCUAAACUUACUUGUUAUAGCAGGAAGGCUGCCUAGCACUGCUGUGACUUCAAAAGGAACAGGCUAGUCUCUUCUCAUUAAAAGCACAAGAGUUCUUCACCAACUACAAACUUGCUGAGAAAAGCUAGGUUUUCCUCAGCCUGGGGGUUGCUUGUGUGUGAGGGAAGGGCAAUAAUGGUAAUGGGUGAGGAGAUGUUAAAAAUCUCUCAAUAAAUACACUCCAUUGAAUUCA